ACUAGCAUCCAUUGACCCUCAUUCCCGUUGGUCGUAGGGCCCGAGCCAAUCCUUUCAGCUUUUGCGGUAAAAGGGUGCGCCAUGACCGCGUUUGGUUGCACUGUUCCCCUUUAGUGCCCUUCAUCCCAUUGCACGAGGGGCCACUAGACUUUGAUCAUCGCUGAGCCACUUGCUUUGAUAGACAUGAGCACUACAAAGCAGUCGCACAUUGCUCAAACUAUGCUAUUGCUGGGGAAAACUUGUUUCUUUGUAAAGAUAACUUUGAUUGUUUAUGCCAUGCGAACCAUUUUUUCAUGGGACUGCACUAGACCUGAUGUGAGACGUCGUCCCUUCAAUGCAGCAUGCCAUGCAGUUUCGCAAGCUGAUGUGACUUAAAUACCUGGCGCUUGUAGACGCCACUUCAAGACCCUGUACAGCUGGAUGUUUCACAUUGACUGUGAAGGGAUCCUAGCUACUUUUGUCGUAAAACAGCUUGGCUGGGACCGGGAUAGAUCGAACAUCCAAGUGUUUUUUUGCCUUGUAGGUUUGGCCUUUCCGUGGGAAGCUUGUGCAACAACAAAACACAUUCAACCUGAUGUAGACAGAGCAGCUGGGCCUGGAACUUGUGCGCUAUGGAUGGCAGCAAGUACCCGUUUGGGAGACUCCUCGUCCCAUAAGUAUAGCGAGUACUGGAGUUCGUCAGGGGCAGGCAGUUGUCCUCGCUACCCUUGAACUGUCUUAAGCUCUUCAGGAGGACUCUGCGGAGAUCUACAGCGCAGUGGCGAAGUCUCUUUCUUUAUAUCGCCCGGUUCUACAUCACCUUCCCUAGGAUAAGUGGCUGGUGAAUUUUAGAGCGCACGUGCACGCAGCAAGCUGAGUGUUGAGCUGGCGAUUGAGAGGUGUUGUGAAUUUAGCAUAUUUAGCCGGGUUUGGGGGGAUCUAAGAGUGGAGCCAGCUCACUGCUAAGGUAGCUGAGGCUUGACCUAGCAAAGUCUCGAGCCCUAUAUACAGUCAUUUUCCUAUUGAAUCUAGGCUAAUGCAAGGCAGGGGAGGUCAUUGUCAAGUAACGGACAAAGUGGGAUAUGAUGGAAUAUGUUGCAGUGGGCUAAAAAGGCCCGUGAAUGUUUGCAAAGAUGUUGUUCGGCAGGCCAAUUGCAUCGCAUACAAUGCGGCCAUGAGCGCUUGUGAGAAGGCAGGCCAGUGGCCAUUCGCCCUGGAGUUGUUCGGGGAAGUCUCCAGCCUUCGGGUUCAGCUGGACAUUUGCACAUGUGGGGCUGCAAUCAGUGCCUGUGAGAAGGGGGAGAGGUGGGAAAAGGCAAUUUUUAUCCUUCAGCGCGAAUCCUUAAUGAAGAGCAGCCUUAUUGGAUACAAUGCGGCCAUUAGUGCUUGCGGGAACAAGCGGCAGUGGGCGCAAUCCUUCCACCUGUUUCUGGAAGUGCAAGAUAUUGUCCCACGUUUGAGCGAGGUCACUUUCAGCGCAAUGAUUUCUGCACUGGAUGUGGGACACCCGUCAAACCUGUGGGAGUUGUGCCUUUGGAUCCUUCACAUGUCCGGGCAAAGUAUGUCGAUCAAUCUCAUUACGUACAAUACGGCUCUCACUGCUUGCGCAAAUGCUGGCAAGUGGAGGGAGGCCUUGCAACUGCUCUCUGACAUGGCUAAGGUUCGAGUGCACUUUGACGAGGUGACCUUCGAUUCCACACUUCGAAGCUGCAUCACGGGCAAUCGUGCAGCAGAAGCAAGAGAGUUCAUCAACCUGUUGAGGACAUUUGCCCUGGCUACAUUUGAGCCAAGGGAUCGGAGAUUAUAGCAGAAAUGUGCAGAAAUAGACUUGCUUCACCAGUGACCUCAGAAUUCCAAGCUGAGGGCCGGGGCAUGCCAGAGCUCUGCGAAGCUCCUUAAGUUAAGUGAACCUUGUUGAACCCUUCAGCGCCAAUACUGUCGCAAUUUGAAGGUAUGCACAAAAGGAGGAAGCCGAGGAAGCUGUAGAACAAACAUGUCGCGAGGGUAGUGAAGCAGCGAACAGCAGCGAAUAUAGAUGAGGGGAGUCAAAGGACUCCAACAGUUUCUACCCUCCCUCCAGGCCGCCUUGCACCUGAUCAAC